AUGGACCGUCUCCCGCCGGAGCUGUUUGAAGAGAUCCUGCUAGACUUUGCAUACACUGCUACCAGAAAUGACGUCUUGGCGAAGCGGCUUGUUUGCCGCGCCUUCAACCACGUCCUGCGGCCCCUUGGCUGCCGCACCCUCAGCCUGGAAUCGACGCGACUGAAUAAGCAGUCCAAUGCUGCCAAGCCUCGCACCGAAGGCCUGCAGACAAUAGGACAUCGGUGCAAAGCCCUGUACAUCGACAUGACCCCCUUGCGAGACGACUACGAAGUUGAGACGUUGACUCACAUGCUGCAAGAGAUACCCCAGAUGAAGAGCUUCUGCCGUGCUCUGCGGUCUCGAUAUUCAUUUAGCGAGACGUCAUUUACAGAGACGGACUUUUACCGCUCCACCGCCGAGAUUCUCUUCUACUGCCGCGAUGUCGACCGCGUGCGCAUUUGCCUCCCGUUCCCAGUCAUUGGUGUGCAAUGCAGUGCCGCCACGCGGGUUCUCGCCAAUGCGCUCAAGGCCCUCGGGCAGCGACCCGACGAGGACUCGGUCCCUCUCAAGACGCUCGCGAUUGAGUGCGUUCCCGAAGACACCUUGUGUGAGCUUUGGAUGAAUCCCUCUGAUGUCAUGAACAUGCAGGCUUUGCUGCCGCCAGUCGAGACGCUCGUGCUCACUAUCCGUCGUGUUUACUCUGGCUCCUUCUCUACCAUCAUGUUUGGCGUCGCCUUGUGGAACAUGAUUUUCACUGCCCGCAAUCUCCAAUCACUCUGUUUAAUAGACGUGAAUUUUGGCAGCCUAAACCUGUAUGGUGUCUUGGAAGUGACGACGCUUGCAGACAUGGAUCACGUAAGAUGGCUAGAGAUGAGAAUUCCUGGCCCUAGCCCCCAACUGAUACCACCGAAACCUACAUACCUUGAACUCGAGCAUAUUUCGAUAUUACCAGAGGAUCUGCUUCGCAUUGCUGUCGCCUUGGGGCCGUCGUUGGAGGAGCUUCACUUGUGCAAUGUUUCGCUCAUGACGCGCCAAUCCACGACAGAAAACACACGCUCAGAUAGGCAUCUCUGGGUCGGUCACCCGAACGAGGACCCUGGCCACCGUCUGUGGAUGGCGAUGCGAUUCCGCGCGCUGAUGCCCAAGUUGCGCGUCUGCCGCUGCUCCCACCUCACCUACAAGCUUUACACCGACCUUGCGGACCCCAUUUGCGAAGACUUUGACUAUGCCGACCCCGCUGGCAUCGGCCGGUCUGUCUCCCAGCGCUUCGUCGAGGUGGUCAUGGGCCUCGGCCAGCCGACUCUCCCCUCGGGCGAGCCCAUGUACUGGCGCCCGCACGACAUGGAACUCGGCCACCUCAUGCACAACCUCGCAGUUCGGCGAUCGCGUAUCCCCAUGUCUGAGCAUGACUACUACGCCCAUCGACUUGCAGCUGUCGGGGGCCAGCCCGACUAUCGGUACAGCUUGGACGGCCUGUUCCGCAACUGCGCUACCGGAUCGCGCCGCGAACUGCAAUACAUUCUGGAUAGGUUCCAAGAAGGAGUCACUAUUCUCAAGGAGCAACUAUAG